AUGCAGAUUGAUCCGGCGGCUUUGAGUCGCAGUGACUCUAUCUCAAAUCCAAAGGGCACCGUGCCCAACGGCUCAGUAUCUGCGAAGACCUCCAGAGCUCUGAUAUCGGUGCCGCGGCUAGAGCUCGAGCAUGCCUACACGGACCUGAAGGCCGCCAUCGGAGACAAGUGGGCCGAGUAUAAAGAGUCCACAGCUUUGUUCUUACUAGGACAUUACAACCAGAGCGAAUACUCAUCACGAGUCGACUACUUCCUGUGCGCCGAUCCCAAAAAUGAACAUCUACAUAACAACUUCGUAUGCGCGCUCAUCGGAAACCUCACGCGAGACCUCCCCGAUCAUGGCGUCGCAAACUGGGUAUCGGCCAAUGAUAAACCAUCAACUGUGUCGAAACCCGUCUCCGGAGAUGCUGCAGAACAAAGAUUGAAGACGGAGGUUAUGAAAUUACCUCCGAGGGACCGUCGGCGCAUAAAGGGAAUCGCAGAGCGAGAUCCCAAUGAGACGGUGCCCACAGAGCUCGAAGAAAGCCAUCUGGCUAAGCAAUUCAAAUUACCCAGCCAGGUUCCUGCAAGUGCAGGCGGGCUGAACAAAACUAACUGGGAACUGGAAAUUCGAAAACGUUAUGCCCAGCCCCUCGCCGCAGAAACAGGCGAAUUCCCCGAUGCCGAAUCCAUCCAUGCCCGCAUGGUCCCUAUAUGUUACGAGGAAUCUCUACCCAGCGGUGCUGGGCUCCCAUGCGCUGAGUUCAUGGCAAUUGCGACGGAAACUUUCGUGAAGGAAGUUUUGUCCGCGGUAUUCUCGCGCACCCGUUCGAAUGGGCCGUCCGGUACAAUCAAUAACAUGAUGAUGCGUCAAUACCGACAUCAAUUGGAAGUCGAAGAACUUGCAUACACACGUGGGGAGAUUGUCAAGGAUGCCGCUACAGGCCUACUCCCCGUUGAAGCGAGAGAGGCCAACAUUCGAAAACCAUUGGGUGUUAGAGACCUGCGGUUAACUUUGGAGCUGGGUGGUGGUGUCCUCGGCCACAUGCCACUCAUUGUAGACCAGAUCAUGAACGGGUACUUCGAAGACGAACUCGAGACUGAAAGACACGAGCGGUUGGAGAAUGGCGUUGGUGAACCACAUCAGGAAAUCAAACCCGAAGAUGAGAUGGACUUGGACGAAGAUGAAGACGAAGACGGUUCUCUGCUAGACUGCGAAGGCGGCACGCUUGGUGAUCGAGAUCAGUUGAGCUCCUUACUCGACGAGUGUCUGUCCAUGGCCGCAUGA